CGUGGUGAUUAGACAGUUCUUGUGUUUUUUUUGAUUAUUUAAGAUAAUAUCCGCAGGUUUAGAUGUUUGAUCAGGUCUUCGAAUAUUUCAAAUAGUUUCUAUUGGUUUGGAUGUUUGACCAAUCUUGUACGUCGUGCUGUCUAGACAGUUUUUGUGAUUCUUUGAAUAUUUAAAAUAGUUUCUACAGGUUUGGACGUUUGAAUAGGCCUUUGAAUAUUUAAAACAGUUUCUGCAACUUUCAACAUUCGUCUAGUCUUGUAAAUCUUGACAGUUCUUGUGAUUCUUGUAUAUUUAACAAAUUCAGAUGGCUGUGAUUAUUUGAUAGCAUUGGUUAUUUAAACAGUCUUUAAAGUUUUGAAUAUUUGACAAUUCGCACGAUUCAAUAAAAUUCUUCAAAUGAUCUUCAUAGAGAAGUAAAAGUAACCCAAAAAUUGCAGUCCAAUGGCAUCACAAGAAUUACCGAAAACUUUGUCUACACCCCAAAACAAUUCCAAAACUCUUUCUCAAAGUGACACGACAUUCAGCACAACUGCAUCGAGGAAUAUACGAAUCGAACGAUUUUUCAAUCCUCAGUAGAAGGAAAUGAAUCAGAUCGUUUAAAAAUAUUGAAAAAAAGUUUUCAGACUGUUUCUUGUACAGUGGCUAAGGUUGCCACAAGUUUUCAGGAAAGUUACAAUAAAAAUAAUUCCCAAAGAGUUCAUUUUCAAUCUGUGAAGAGAAUUUUGAUAACCGUGAAUUAGUGAAGAUACUUUACGCAGAACGAAUAGGACCAUAACUUAUUGGCCUUGCAGAGCGCAUUUUAGAGGGAGAAAGUCGCGGUUGCAUUGAAAGCCAGCGAGUCUGAAGCGUUCGCCGCCUGACGAAACAGUACCAAGUAUCAUUCUGCUCAAUCGCGCCGUAGCACGACAAGCGUGUCUACUUAAAAUAAUCGACAAUAAAACGAUCCUCGUGUUGGCGUCGUUUGUCGCGGAGUAGGCGCGAAUCUUGUAUAAAAAUAGACUGUACAUAGGCUACUCGAUUUCAACAUUUGCAUACAUGACAAGGAAGUAGUAUUUCUGAUAGACAUUGUCGCUGCUUUUUUUCCUCGGUUCGACGUUGAAUACUUGGUGGAGUGUUGUGGAAUAUCCAAUGAAAAAAUUGCAAAGAUCUCCGUUCGGUAUGAUUGAGGCUUGCAAAGUGCUUCGAUGACGAUUGCUGAUUUUUUUUGUAACGCUUGGAGUUAGAUGAUCGAUCUUUGAUUUAGUGUUUGGAUAACGUGUUGGUAUUAAAGGAUAUUAGUUCCAAAUAUUUCUGACGUAUCUACAGAGGCGCAGAAGUGCAUCCUAAGGUGCUAAGGUUGUAAGAACGAGGAUUUCAAAAAUCUUUGGCAGAACACUCCUCAAGGAAACAGGAUAUACUUCCUACAUUCUCUCCUGUAAAGAGAUACAAGGAGAUCCAACAUUGCGAAACCACUAAAUUCCACUAAAUUGCCAUUUGAAGUCAUUUAGCCGAAAGAAUUUCCAAGCUAUUUUAUCUAGGAAAGCAAAAGUAGACCGUAGACCAGUUGCAGUAAAAAAUCUCCAAAGAGUUCUUUCCAAAUCCUUAACGAAAGAAAUUCAAUUUUAUACAACAAGAAUUCCAAAACACACAGGAACACGCAAAUAGAUUCAAAACUGCCAAAACCAAUUGCAAUACAAACAUCUCCUGAAAAUUUCCAGAUCUCUUUCCAUAACAAGAAAAAAAAUCUCAAAAUUAUGCCCUGUCCGAAACUUCAAUCCAUCCUAAACACAACAAACCGCACUUUCCCUAAAAGUUUUUACCCAUUGACACGUUGACUGCCAUGAAUAAUCGUCAAAAUUCCUACGAGGCUAAACUUUUGUUUUCAUACAAUUAGAAACGACACAAUCUAACAUCUGCGGUAGUACUUCAUUUUUAUGAUCUCUAGAAUUUACCCGUCUUAUCCAAAUCAAUUUUCUCCGACACCUCGCUUUCAGAAUUAAUUUAUUUAUUCCUCAUUCCUCGUCCUUGGCAUCCAUAUGUGGGUGACGUGGCGGUCAACGUGUUAAAGUUAAAAAGUGCCCCGCCUGAAAUCGUCGACACGCGAGACAGUCGGGUGGCGGAGGCCUACCGAAAAGUCUCUAAAAAAGAUUCUCUAGGGAGUUGACAAAAGAAAGGAACGAAAACGAAACCGGUCUGAAUCUCUGCACGAAGAACGAUAUCGCGAGCAGUCGGCAGCACGCGCUCAGAACCGCAUCGGAACGCGUCAGUCCGGGAGGUUAUCUCUCCAGCGGAUAUCGGGUUGUCGAAUGACGGUGACUCCGUCGGUCAGCGCGCUCUUUCUCGAGCAGAGUCGUUCGCGAAUGUGACGAGAGGGUGCACGAUGCCGCAGGAGAACGAGAUAACCGCGUUGGUGAACGGUGGUACCGAUGGUGCGUCCUUGAAGGAGGAUCGACAACCGAAGGAGAUCUUCGGGGAGGAUCUGCCGAAGGACAAGGUCGAAGGUGGACAGGGGCACCAGGAGGACCCGAACGGGAUGCCCGAGCUAAAGGACGACGUCGUCCAGGCUGACGACGAGGAGGUCGCCUUGAAUCUCGGAGAACCCUCUCCGGAAGUAAUGGAGUACGCCAGAAGGGAGAUAGGGGAGACGGAAGAGGUCAAGUGUCGAACCAUUCAAGAGCUGAGGGACAUGAUUUACGAGAGGGGUGAGUGUCAGCCACACAGGAUGGACGAUGACUUCCUGAUCAGAUUCCUGAGAGUAAGAAAUUUCAACGUCCAUCGCGCCCAUCGAUUGAUAGUGAAUUACUACAACUUCAAAGAGGAACACCCAGAAAUUCAUCAGGAUGUGAGCCCAUUGGAGAUGAGGUACAUCGGGGACGACGACGUGAUGACGGUGCCGGCGUACAGGACCCAGUGCGGCAGGAGGAUAAUGAUCUAUCGAUUGGGUAACUGGAAUCCGAGGAAAUAUCCCGUGGAGGAAAUCUUCAAGGCCACGGUUCUCAUCCUCGAGCUGGGAGUCCUGGAGCCAACCGCACAGAUUCUUGGUGGCGUCGCCAUUUUCGAUCUACAGGACAUCAUGAUGGCACAUGCGUGGUCAAUCACUCCACAGGUGGCCAGUAUGGUGAUAGCUCUGAUGGUGUCGGCGUUCCCUAUGAAGACCCACGCCAUACACAUCCUCCAUCAGUCCUGGGUGUUCGAUGUGAUGUUCGCCGUGUUCAAGCCGUUGCUAGACGUCAGGAUGCAGAACAAGAUUUUCUUCCAUGGCAGCAAUAUGGAGAGCCUCCAUCAGCACAUCUCGCCCAAUCACUUGCCGAAGAAGUAUGGCGGAACGCGGGAGGAAUUGCCUUACUACAAGUGGAUCGACAACCUCAGCAAAACCCCUAGGAUCGUCAAAGAGAUGAAGCAACUCGGUUACGUGGUACCCCCAGAGAUCUCCAAUAAAAUGGGACAUCUGCUCGACGACUGAGCCCGACAGGAACUCCUGGGAUCAUACUUCUCAAACAAUUUACUUGCACUUUCAAUUAAUACUUGUACUCACUUUCUGGUGGCGCGCUAGUUUGUACAAAGCGUUUCACAGGAUAACAUACACCUCUUAUAUUUCCUUAAAUUUGUAUCGUCCUCACCAUAGCGUAUUCUAUCUUCCCCUAAUUAAAUGGUUGAUGUUUCUUUAAA